GGUCGACACCGUGCACACCAGCUUCCGGAUCCCGAUAAACGUCGGACUCUUUCUUGUUGGACACGUGCGACGUGUACGUAAACUGGUUCAGCGCUGAUCAAUUUUUCUCUAUUUCAAAUUGAUCAUCUCGACCGGGAAUAAAACGCAGCAAUGGCAAGUCUUAAGACAGAUAAUCCAGAGAAACCUGGUCAGGAAACUGCACCAAUCCAUCGGAUCCGUAUUACACUGACCUCAUGUAACGUCCGUUCCCUUGAGAAAGUGUGUACAGAGCUUAUCACUGGAGCUAAGAAACAGAAACAGAAGCUGAAGGUGAAAGGACCUGUCCGUAUGCCAACCAAGAUUCUUAGGAUUACGACACGUAAAACACCUUGUGGUGAAGGUUCAAAGACUUGGGAUCGCUUCCAGAUGCGAAUUCAUAAGAGGGUAAUUGACCUUUACUCUCCGUCUGAAAUUGUGAAGCAAAUAACCAGCAUCUCGAUUGAACCUGGUGUAGAAGUUGAAGUUACCAUUGCUGACGAAUAAACCAUUGAAAUGAAAUUUCAAUAAAAUGUUUGAAUAAAAAAUUAAAAAUUAAAAUA